GCGCCAACCCCCCGAUGAAGGUCAAGAUCUCGCGCUUCGCCCGGCAGCUUUUUGGUGGCGGGAGCGGAUCCUCUGGUCAACCUACCACUCAUCUACCUGUGCCCCCCAGCAGUCUUUCAUCAUCAUCAACUCCGGAUGACCUUAACCACCACGCUUCGCAUCCUACCGCUCCAUCGCCCACUGGUCCAUCUUCCACCCGAUCUUCGAUGGUACAAGAUGUCGAGGCGGGACUGUCCGUGGAUCACAAAGAAGCCACGGACCAGCUGACGACAACCGAUCUGCCUACAACCGAGCCCGUACGGCAGCGAUACCCUAUCAUUGAGGUGGUGGAGGACGAUGAGCCCACAACAGUCUUUGGCUUCGGGGAGGACGAGUGGAUAGAAGGCCAGGAUGAUGAGAUCCCCCAGGACGAGUCAAACCCUGUAGAGGACGGCUGGAACUGGGAUGAGGCACGCUAUGAUCCUGAUGAUGAGUACGACUUUGAUGAAGUCCUGAUGAGGGAACUUAUGGACUUUCGAGAGGAGCUGUCUGACCAUGACAUUGCACUUCUGCGCCAUUUCGCUCUCAAAAACACGACAGAAAUGACGGAGGCCACCUUCGAGAAGCUGCGGUUUGCCUUCCCCGAGUCGAAUGUCGCCUCGUACAAGGUCACACGUCGCCGGGCUGCUUUCCUCGCCAAGUUCCAGCCCAUACCCUACGACUGCUGUGUCAACUCCUGCUGCUGCUAUACCGGACCACACGCCGACAAGCAGAAAUGCCCCUUCUGCAAUGCCGAUCGGCUAGACGCAAACGGAAACCCUCGCCGGCGAUUCACAUACAUCCCCCUCAUACCCCGACUCCGUACCUUCUAUGGCAACCUCGGCAUGAUCGACAAGCUGCGCUAUCGCCACAACUUCACAUGCGAACCCGACUACGUCCAGGAUGUCAUGGACGGUUCUCACUACCGUACUCUGCGUAGUCAGCACGUCUCUGUCGGAGGCCAGACAUUCACCCACAAGUAUUUUGACGAUGAGCACGAUAUAGCGCUCGGACUCUCGACGGAUGGCUUCGCUCCUUUCAAGCGCCGCAAGAAGACUUGC